CACACACGGUUCCGCUGCAGUGUUCAUUUUGUCUCGCCGAAUGUCUCAGUACGACGGCUAGCAAAUUGGUCCAAAAAGGUCAAUAUAGUUCUCCUCCUGGACCUUCUCUUCUCAAAAUUGGUGCCAUUCUAGGAAGCAAAUCCUUAAUUAUAGGAGGAGUCAUCUUUGUCAUCCCAACAACAUUGGCAAUUGCCUUCAACGCCCCAGAAUCGAUCCUACAAGACAAGACAACACCAAGGUGAACCCCUUAGACAUUCCGAGAGAUUUUGUUUUAUCUCCUUCUCUGGGUAAUGACUAAUGAAUAAGCGGAAGCCAAGUAGUUGAGGAGCUGUUGUGUAGUUUCAGACAGACUCUCAAAAAAAUGCAGAGAGUGUUUUCAAAAACCACGACUUUCUUCACCAAACACACCACUUUGUUCAACAAACACAUACAAUACACUCAUUUCCUCCUUCACACAACUUCAAAUGUCGAAACCCAUAUAGACAAAAUCCCUCAAACCCAUCCCUCUCAGUCUCAGACUCAGAGCAUCAACAACAACAACAACUUUCUAUCAGACAAUACAAGAACUGGGUUUGGGCUAGUUCACCUUCAAACUGCCCCAGAUGAUGAUCAAACCCUUUACAAUCACAGCCACGACGAGUUUGCUGGUGAUGUCGAAAAGGUAUACAGAGUUUUAAAGAAAUUCCACUCAAGGGUUCCCAAAUUGGAACUCGCUUUGCAACAAUCUGGUGUUGUUAUGCGUUCUGGUUUAACCGAACGUGUAUUGGAUCGCUGCGGCGAUGCCGGGAACUUGGGGUACAGUUUUUUCAUUUGGGCUUCCAAACAACCCGGUUAUAGGCAUAGCUAUGAGGUUUACAAAUCUAUGAUUAAGAUUUUAGGGAAAAUGAGGCAAUUUGGUGCUGUUUGGGCACUGAUUGAAGAGAUGAGGAGGGAUAAUCCCCAGUUGAUAUCCCCACAACUGUUUGUUGUUCUGAUGAGACGCUUCGCCUCAGAUAGAAUGGUUAAGAAAGCCAUUCAAGUAUUGGAUGAGAUGCCAAAGUAUGGUUGUGAGCCUGACGAGUAUGUGUUUGGGUGUUUGUUAGAUGCUUUGUGUAAGAAUGGUAGUGUUAAGGAAGCUGCAUUGUUAUUUGAGGAUAUUAGGGUUCGGUUUACACCUACGCUUAAGCAUUUUACAUCGUUGUUGUAUGGUUGGUGUAAGGAAGGGCAGCUUAUAGAAGCCAAGUUUGUGUUGGUGCAGAUGAGGGAGGCGGGGUUUGAGCCCGACAUUGUGGUUUAUAACAAUUUGCUUAGUGGGUAUGCUCAAUUAGGGAAGAUGACCGAUGCCUUUGAUCUUUUGAAGGAGAUGAGGAGGAAGGGCUGUGAGCCGAAUGCAACUUCGUAUACUAUUUUGAUUCAGGCACUUUGUGGGAGGAAGAGAAUGGAAGAGGCAAUGCGGGUUUUUGUUGAGAUGCAGAGAAAUGGCUGUGAAGCUGAUGUUGUGACCUACACUACAAUGAUAAGUGGUUUUUGCAAGUGGGGGAAGAUUGAUAAGGGUUAUGAGCUUUUGGAUUCUAUGAUACAGCAAGGACUUACUCCGAAUCAGACGACUUAUAUGCACAUUAUGUUGGCUCAUGAGAAGAAGGAACAGCUAGAAGAGUGUAUGGAACUCAUGGAGGAGAUGCAGAAGAUUGGUUGCAUUCCUGAUCUUAGUAUUUACAAUACGGUGAUUAGGUUAGCUUGCAAGUUGGGAGAGGUUAAGGAAGGCGUUCGGCUUUGGAACAAAAUGGAGGGAAGUGGACUUAGUCCAGGGCUAGAUACCUUUAUCAUAAUGAUUCAUGGGUUUAUUGGGCAAGAUUGUCUGGUUGAAGCUUGUGAGCACUUCAAAGAAAUGGUUGGGAGAGGUCUUCUAUCUGCUCGUCAUUAUGGUACCUUGAAGGAGUUCCUGAAUUCUCUAUUAAGAGCUGAGAAGCUUGAGAUGGCUAAAGAUUUAUGGAGUUGCAUCACUAGUAAAGGUCCUGAGCCUAAUGUGUUUGCAUGGACAAUUUGGAUUCAUGCGCUCUUUAAGAAUGGGCAUGUGAAGGAGGCUUGUUCAUACUGUCUGGAAAUGAUGGAUGCAGAUGUAAUGCCACAGGCAGAUACCUUUGCUAAACUCAUACGUGGUUUAAGGAAACUUUAUAACAGAGAGAUUGCAGCUGAGAUAACAGAGAAGGUUCGGAAGAUGGCUGCAGAUAGACAGAUCACUUUCAAGAUGUAUAAACGGCGAGGAGAGAGGGACUUGAAAGAAAAAGCCAAGGAGAAAAAAGAUGGGAGGAAAAGGAGGGCUCGUCGACGCCAGUGGGGUGGAGGGCAUAAUAGAGCUAAACUUUAGUAGUUUGAAUGAGAGGGUUUCUAUGAAGUAAAUCAAUUAGUUAGCAGAUUGUGCACAGGUGAUAUGUUGCCAGCCAGUAUUUAGGUUUCAUAAUUGGCAUCUCCUUUUCAUAAAUAUCUGGUUGACAAAGCCAUUGCCCAGAAGAGAGAUGAUUUGCAAGCUAUUCAAGCAAACAUAUGCAAUGAAGAGGAUGUAUGCCUUCUCAAAAAAAAACAAAGAAAAAAAAAGAGGAUGUAUGUAGUAAACAACAAAUUAGGGAGCAACUAGAGGAGUUGAUGCAAAAGGAAGGAAGGCAUCAUGUGGGAUUAGAAAGUCAGGAGUAAUUGGGUCGUUCAGUGGACAGAAAUACGAAGUACUUUCAAGAUAUGGUAAGGAAAAGAAGAGUGGUCAAAAGAAUUGUUCAAUUGAAGGGAGAAGAUGGAAAAUGGUAUGAUGGUUCCAGCCAAAUGGAGCAUUGCAGCAUUUCAAAGGAAUUUAUCGGCAAUAGGAGAGCAUGCAAUAGUGUGAGAUUUUGCAACAGCCUGAAGGCCUCAGUCUACCGGCAUUUACUGAAAAUCAAAAAGUAGAGCUAGACAGGCCAGUUUCACAAGAAAUUUUUUGUUUUUUGGAUUAGUUUCACAAGAAGAAAUAGAAGCAGUUGCGUUUCAAUCAGGCCCAAUCAAAGCUCCUGGACUGGAUAGACUAUCAACGGUCUUUUAUCAAAGAUUGUGGGAGUUCAUGCGAUAGGCUAGCGGUAACAACAUCCUUUGUAGUGCUCCAUAUAUGUGGUUUGAACGCCCCCUCCCCCCAUAUCUACCUAUCAAAAAAAAAAACUGGGGAGUAGUGAGGCCUGCAGUCACAGCAAUGAUUCAAGCUCUCUUCCAUUCAAGUGCUCCUCAGAGUAUUCAGAAAACCUGUUGAAUAGCGUGACUAGGGAAAGCCAAAUUUGAGAGGAGGUUGAUGGAUUGGCAGAUCCUAAUCAUAGCGAAGGGUGUCUAGAAGUGAAGCAGGAUGUGGAGUGGUACAGGUUUUGUUGCUAAGUCAACCACAGGAACUUAAAUUUUUGGUGGCUUCUUGAGUUUCAAACCUUGCAGUAGGAAGAUAACUAGAUUGUUGGCUUUAUGUGGGCACUGCUACAAGCUAAGAGAGUAGGGAUUUAAAGAAUUAUUCUUCUAUUACCUUCUAAACAGAUCAAAAGUUUUGUUGUAAAUAGGGAAUGUUGGCCGUGGCAAGCAUCAUCCGUGUUGGAGGACAUCUGUCUUCUAGGAGGUUUGAAGCUGCAGAUGGCUUUUUUGUGGUUCUGAGUGUGGUUUUGUAGAGGCUUGCAUCUGAGCCAAAUUAGCCUCUAAUUGUAUUAUAACCUUGGGCUCUAAUUGUUAUAUAAACUUGUUCAGAUGAUUUGUUAUUUUAUUAAGUGACAAAUGAAAAUAGUA